AUGUUGUACACUCACUCAGCACGUCGGUGUCGGACUCUACUACAUGCACCCCCUUUCGCUCCCCUUUACGGACGAGAAGCAAAGAAUUUCCUGGUGCCAACUCCCGAACAUGGCGAGUUUGGACUUCAACAGCAGAACCUCCGAGACGAAGCAGCCUAUAAGGUGCAAUUGGCCCAGACUCGCAUGAAGAUUUACUAUGACGACCAACAUUCCAAACUCCAGGACAUCUCUGUGGGAGAUUUCGUCUACGUCAAGUUGGCAAAACCAGGAGACCGAGGAUACCAUCUGAACAAUCAGACCAAACUCUCAUUUCGCAAGACCGGCCCCUUCAAAGUCUUGGAAAAAGCUGGGCCUCUUGCUUACAAAAUCCAACUCCCCCCAUGGCUGAAAUGGAAUCCAGUCAUCUCUGUGUCUCACCUACAUCCAGCGAAGGAUGAUACUUUCCAACGACCCCAACCGACGCCGGGAGCAAUCACGAAAGACGGCAUCAAGAAGUUUACAAUCGACGACAUCGAGGCCCAUCAAGUCACGGCCAAAUCCCCAGGAGAGCGCAAGACGAUGCACUGCAAAGUGAAGUGGCUAGGUUACGAGGAACGCACAUGGGAGCCAGAAGAGGAACUCCAAAGGAUGUUCCAAGGUUGCUGGAGCAGUACCAGGGAAAAAUUGACAAACCCCCUCCAGGGCAUUUUCAGGCAGCACAGUUGUAACACGGGCGCUAUUUUAUCUCGUUCCAAGUACUGGAGCGGUACUUGGUAA